AUGGAAGCCCACUACUACCCUUCCGCCAUGUCUUACCCAGCUGGCGGCAGCUCGUCUGGCUACGGCCCAUCGGGAAACCCGUCUGUCAGGAAAUCCAGAUCCGUGAGGAGCGAGGGUGAUGUUUCUCUUCAGGGGCCCUUGGACGUUGCGGGCUCUGUGAAGUCUGGGAGGAGCAUCACUCUUUCGGGAGACUUUACCAUUGACGAUAAAAUGGAGGCGUAUGGAAGCAUUGACAUCCAUGGAAACGUCACUUGCGGUGGAAAGAUCAAGGCCGCCGGAAACAUUGUGGUUACGGGAUAUCUCGUCGCGCAGAUAAAGAGCUACGGAAAGCUAAAAGUUCGCGGAACCCUCGACGCGACCGAUCUCGAAGUCUAUGGAGACCUCACCAUCGAUGGCUACCUGAGAUGCAGAAAACUGACUCUCUACGGGUCCCUCACGCUCGUUGGAGAAGAUUCCACUUACGUCGUGGAAGAAACCGAGCAGAUCUGGGGAUCGAAGAUUAUUCGAUCUUCCAGCCGAGACUGGUAG